ACUCACUCCUUUCUCAGCCUGCGCUCGUCCAUAUUCUUCUUGUUCAUCUUCAUUUGCCUCAUGUGCAGCCUCUCGCUAUUCUCUACUUCCUACUUACGAUCGUUUUAAUCUUCAGACUUUCCCUCACCUGUUGCAGCCUGUACCACCCACCCUACCUCUUCCUACGAUCGUUUCAGCCGGAGUCCCUCUAUCCGGACCACCACCUCUAACUAUCCCUCAAGAGCCCGUGCACCCUCUGUCGAAAUGAAGGGCCACGGCCUCUACUCUAUACUCUCCACCCUGCUGGUUUUCCUAGCCUUUACCACAGCGUGGCCAUGGCCUGCUUUAUCCAACCUCGAUAAACACGCCCUACUCCUGCCGAGACAAGAUGAAGAGGCGGCGAAAACAACCGCUGCUCCCACCGAUGCAGACAAGAGCGCAGCAAAAACUAGCACCCCAAAAGCAGAAGCUUCGGCAUCCGCUUCAGCCUCUGCCUCUGCCUCAGAGUCCGGGUCUAGAGCCUCCAUCACAUCUGCCAAAGGCAGUGGCAAAACCGAAACGAAGAAGCCGACAAAGACGACAGCGACCAAGACAACGGCCAUCGACCCUCGCCUUCCUCCGGGUGGUGUUUCGUUGAUCACUCCCGCCGCGACUGACGGGCUACAAUUUUUCAAGGUGGGAGACUAUGUGACGUUCAAAUGGAAUUAUACCUCUCUGUCCGUAACACCAACGGCCAUUGACGUUUUGGCAUCCUGUGCAUUGAACCAAGCCACAUAUACGAUAUCUUCAAACAUGUCCGUAGAUGCCACUGGAGCCGUCACCUGGGAUACUGGUAAUUUCCCGGAAGCGGUGACGUCGCCUUUUGCUGUUGCGAGUUAUACCCUCAUGAUCCACGAUGCGGCCAAGGAUGUGACGGAUAUCCCAUCUGCUGGAUAUCUAGGGGCAUAUGAUCAAUAUGUCUUUGGCAUGUACACUGGACAACCAUACACACCCCUUAACGAGUUUAAGUGCGCCACCUGCAGCGGCGCGCUUUCGAUCCACGAGAAACAGGCAUUCGGUGUUGUUUUAGUGACUGCAGCCAUCACCACCAUUUCGUUCACCUGGUUUGCCAACGGCUUUGGGGUUUUCUCAUGAAAAUGUUUACAUUUGGUCCACCUAGCGAACUUUGCAGCUUUUUAAUAUAAUAACGAACCUAUCGGAUGACAAAUAACGACAAGGCGGAUUGUAUACAGCAUAGCGGAAGCGGGAGAAAAAAAGAGCCAGGAGUUCAUAGGACAGUGGAGUAUCAGCGGGUUGAUUUGAAGGAUUACACGGCAGGCUACAUGAGGGCUUCAAACGGGGAAGGACAACAACUUCCGCCUUGACGAGCAUUUGAAAUGUCCAAACCAGACAACAUAGCACUAGUGCUAAUGAACAGAUUCUUUUUCCCUCGGGGGGAAUCGAUCGACCAUCCAGUUCUCCUGCAGUCGAGAGAUCAAUCUGGACUCUUUUGCUGCAAUCCUAUCGGUGUUCUAACUCGGAAGCGACUCUCAUGACACGCAUGGCAGCACCAUUGCUGAACCCCCUGUAUAUGACCGACAGUCCAAUCCGGAUAUCAACCGUCGAAACUUCGUACCCCUUUUAUUUGUCAAACGACAGCACGACAAGCCUCAAGUCGACCCGGCUUUGAUUGCGUCGUCGAUACCGCCUUCCAUUCCAUGGUGCGCGGAAGAGGUAUGAUCGCUUCCGCAACGAGGGAAUUGAGAUGAUCCAUCACACGCCCCCCUUUCGCCAGAGUCUCGAGACGUCGUUGUCCACCUAGUUAGGUGAGUGGUGUUGAUGCUUACAGCCUCACUCGUCAUAUGUGACCUCUUAUCUGCGUUUCAUGACAAAGAGGUGACUCGCAGCUACUUGCAGAUUUUCCCGGUUGACACAAACAACCAAGGGAAAGGAGAAGGGGGGUGAAGUACAAAAACCUCGCCUUGUGCGCCCUCUUCCCUCUUGUACACUCUUCCUUGACCAUCCCAACCAAGAAUUCACUUCUUUUCCCCAUCCUCUGAAAUCCGCUCACGGCGGCGUGUACAAAGGGUUCCUCUUUUUUGUGGUCUUCCAACUCCAUCCCGCCACACAAACUUUCAUCGACUCGCCACACAGUGUUGCCCUGCAAGGGACUGCCAUCCUACCUCAAAGAACCAAGGCGUCGAUCUUAAUUGCACAAACGUUCUUGGACCAUCGGAUCAUUGGAUCCUCGAACGACCGCACUUUUAAAAACGUGUUGCAUUCUGACCAGCAUACGAUCACACCAGUUUACCUUCCUUUUGUUUCUCUGGCCGGCACGAACCUCCCGACAAUUCAAUCUCUGUCUCACCGCUGCACUGCAAAGCGAAGUGAAGCGAAGCGGUGUCGAGUAACGUCGUGUGUAGCCUACAGGAGAGAGAAACGGGGAAUAGGCACAAGCAAAGCCAAACAAACACGAUGCCAUCAUCUCCACCGAAAAAUUGGCGACCCGAGCACGACGUCUGCGUUCGCCGACACGCACGUAACGGAGAAGACAUCACUAGCAUUCUUAUUCUUUUCGAGACCGAAUACCCCAACGUCAAAGUGAGCAAGGACUGGAUCAAGGAGAGGACCAAGGGGUAUAUCCGUUGAAUGUAUUGUACUGGUGGAAGGAAAAACACGGGUGUGCACUCACAUACACAUUUAUUGUUCACCCUUGCCCCCUGGUACAGACCGUACGUAUGAUGCCGGGGAGGUUCUCAGGGAGCCCUUGGGUGUGUAUGUCUGUGCACAGGUUGAGAGGCUCGGUGUUGAUGAUUUGAUUUCAUUUUUGCUUCUUUUUCUUUCCUUUCCUCUGGGGGUUUCUAGAUUUUAUUCAAGGCAAUCUCAUUUUUCCUCAUUCGUGGUAGACUAGAUAGAUAAUCGUAACAACGUUCAAGCCA